GGCCGCCUCAGCCUGAGGGAGUGCGGUGGUAGCGGCGGGGAGGGCUCCAGGACCAAGGGAGUUGUGCGGGGUCCCCAGCAAACCGGCGAGAUGACCGAGCCGGGUACGGUGAAGAAUUCACCCCCCAACCAGCGAUCUUCAGGUAUGGAUGGGUUUUUAAAAUCUGAUGAGAGACAAAGACUCGCUAAAGAAAGACGAGAAGAAAGAGAAAAGUGUCUGGCUGCCCGUGAGCAGCAGAUAUUGGAGAAACAGAAAAGAGCCAGGCUUCAGUAUGAAAAGCAAAUCGAGGAGCGUUGGAGGAAACUGGAAGAGCAGCGUCAACGAGAGGAUCAAAAGAGGGCUGCUGUAGAAGAGAAGAGGAAGCAGAAGCUCCGGGAGGAGGAGGAGCGGCUAGAGGCGAUGAUGCGCCGGUCCCUGGAGCGCACGCAGCAGCUAGAGAUGAAGAAGAAGUGCUCGUGGGGACCAUCACUGCCUUCAGGGGCCGGAGGACGUGACGGUGAAUCAGAAAGUACCCCACCCCCUCCUCUAGGUUUAGCAGCCAGCACCCUUCCUCCGGACACAGGGACUGCUGCCACCACCGCAGAGCCGACCAACGCAUGUGACAAACUUUCAACAUCAACCAUGAAUUUGCCAAAGCAGACGGAGCCUCCCAUGAGUAAGCGCCUGUCUUCAUCCACUGCGGCAAUAUCCUAUUCCCCAGAUCGAGCUCAUCACAUGCUCCUUAGUACCACGGAGUCCUUUCUUGUUAAGAGACUGCUGACACCCACACAGGCCUCUUUAGCCAGAAGCAGAACUACACGCAUGCUCCCUGAGCAGGCCAGUUAUUCAGUAUCCCCUACCUGUCCUCGUUUAGCUCCUGCUGGUCCUCUUAAAUCUGCCUACAAAUCUUCUCCCACUCGGAAUCUGGAGAGGAAGAAGACCAUAAUUCCAGCUGGUAUAGGGGAUGCUGGGAAAGGAGCCCCUUCAGGAAUGGAGUCCACACAGAUGGAGAUGGCAAAGAAGGGACCUCGAACAACAACUUCCAGCGCCACUAUGGGCCCUGGAUCUCCUCUGAGAAGAUGUGAUUUUCCAGGAAGCACUAUCAAGAGGCCAUCUUCUCCUGGUACAUUCAAGGCAACUUCAAAAAUGUAUCCGCAGUCUCCAAAGAAUUCAAAGCCUCCAUACCUGGCAUCUCCCGUGAAGUACCGCUAUACCCUCUUUCCAAGCCAAGAAACACCCAAGAAGAAAGCAGAAAAAGAAAAAAGCAACAAGGAAAGGGAAGGUGCUGUGGGUCAGCAAACGGCUGGCCCACAUGGUGACGAAGCCUUUGAGAAGCACAUGGUGGACAAGCAUGUCACUGAGAAGCCCAUGGCAGACAAGCAUGUCACUGAGAAGCCCGUGGCAGACAAGAUCGUACCAGAGAAGCCCGUGGCAGACAAGAUCGUCCCAGAGAAGCCCGUGGCAGACAAGCAUGUCACUGAGAAGCCCGUGGCAGACAAGAUCGUCCCGGAGAAGCCUGUGGCAGACAAUAUCACCCCUGAGAAGCAUGUGGCAGACAAGCAUGUCACUGAGAAGCCCGUGGCAGACAAGCAUGUCACUGAGGAGCCCGUGGCAGACAAGAUCGCCCCUGAGAAGCAUGUGGCAGAUAAGCAUGUCACUGAGAAGCCCGUGGCAGACAAGAUCACCCCUGAGAAGCAUGUGGCAGACAAGCAUGUCACUGAGAAGCACGUGGCAGACAAGAUCACCCCUGAGAAGCAUGUGGCAGACAAGCAUGUCACUGAGGAGCCCGUGGCAGACAAGAUUGCCCCUGAGAAGCACGUGGCAGACAAGCAUGUCACUGAGAAGCCUGUGGCAGACAAGCAUGUCACUGAGGAGACCAUGGCAGACAAGAUUGCCCCUGAGAAGCCUGUGGCAGACAAGCAUGUCACUGAGAAACCUGUGGCAGACAAGAUCGCCCCUGAGAAGCAUGUGGCAGGCAAGCAUGUCACUGCGAAGCAUGCAACCACGGGAGGAAAGACAGAGAACAGUGGAGGGAAGCUCCCAGCAGGCACCACUGAUGCUGAAGAGGCUUCAAAGAUCCUGGCUGAAAAGAGACAACAGGCCCGACUGCAGAAGGAACAGCAGGAGCGGCUGGAAAAGGAAGAAAGGGACAGGCUGGAGAGAGAGGAAUCAAAGAGAAAGGCUGAAGAAGAAAGACUCCAUCUAGAAGAGAAGGCCCGUAAACAGGAAGAGGAAGAAAAGCAGAAGAAAGAGGAAGAGAAAAUAAAAAUGGAAGAAGAGUACAAGCAGAAGGCCAAGGAGCAACAGUUACUGAAAGAAGAUCAUGAAAAGGCAAAACAGGAGAAAGAAAACCAAGAAAAAGUCAUGAUUAAAAAACAGAAGGAAGCAGCAGAAGCAAAGGCACAGGAAGCAGCUAAACAGAUGCGUCUAGAAAGAGAACAGAUCAUGCUGCAGAUUGAGCAGGAGCGACUGGAGAGAAAGAAGAGAAUAAAUGAAAUCAUGAAGAGAACAAGGAAGAGUGACGUAUCUCCAGAAGUGAAGAAGGAUGACCCGAAAGUGGAGCUUCAACCUGCUAUGUGUGUGGAAAAUAAGACAGAUCUACUUGUUCCCAGCAAAAUAGUGUCUCAAGAAGAUGUCCCACAGAACUUGCAGGCCUGUACAACACAUAAAACCAAGGGGGUCAUGAGCCCUGCAGACACUGAAAUCUAUGGAUUAAGCACCUGCCAGGAAGUUAAUGUCAGAGGCAAAGCUGCCCCAGAAACUUUGCCCCAAGACAUUUUCUCGAACGUGCUUAAGCCAGUAGGGGGAAUUGCUCAUCUGGAUCCCCUUGAUGGGAAAUCAAACAGUUUGGAUGAUUCAACGGAAGAUGUUCAAUCUAUGGAUGUUAGUCCUGCUUCAAAAGAAGAGCUUAUCUCUAUCCCAGAAUUUUCCCCAGUAAGUGAAAUGAUUCCUGGGGUAUCUCUGGAUCAAAAUGGAACUGGUAAUGCCCGAGCACUUCAAGAUCUCUUAGAUUUCACUGGCCCCCUCAUGUUCCCCAAGAAAUCCAGUGAAAAUCUCAGCCUGGAUGACUGUAACAAAAACCUGAUCGAAGGAUUUAACAGUCCUGGCCAAGAAAAUGCUUUCAACACCUUCUGUUGACAAAUACAACAUCUCUUUAAUGAAAGGAGUUGUCUGGAGAACCCCUGAAACUGCUGGUAAUUGAUCUUCCGCCGGCUAUCAGAAGAAGCUUCUGUCGUCUUAACCACUGGAUUCAAAAUUAUUAGCUCGAAAUGUAACUGUAUUCUUAGUGUAGUAGGUCAGACAUUGGCCACUCUUGGUUAGAAACCUGGAAACCUCAACCUUGUUGGGCUUUAGCGAAGUUUCAUGUUCUGAUUCUAUAUAUGAGCUUCAGCUGCUGAAAAGGCGCUUCUUGUCCUGCUGUUAUCAUAGUGAGCUUUCGAAUUAACCCAGGUGAU